AUGGGUAAUGCAGCGGAUAAAAUAAUAGAGCAGAAAAGAUGCAAAAUGGAACUGGAAUAUGAAGCUCGUAAACGGGAUGUGGAUCUCCGUGACAAGGAAUUCAAGAACAGACACACAUUAGAAAUCAGGAAAUCCGAAGCGGAUUAUCAACACAAAAUUGCUGAAUUGAUAACAGAAAUGAAAAAAAGCAAACUGCAAGCCGGGAAAGAACUUGCACUAUCCUAUAUUAAUACAAUGAAUUUAAUAAUCGAACAGAAUAGUACUAUUUUUGAGUCAGCUGAACCACUUUUACAACGGCUUGAAAAUGGAAAAUUGCCAGAAUCGGUAAAAAAGGCUACCGAAAAUUUUAUAGAAAAAUUAUUUAAUAAAUUUAUGACUACGGAAGAUCUUUUGGAAUUUUCAAAACAACAAAUUAAAGAUCUUCAGCUUAAACAAGAUAAAGAGUUUUCCCGAUUGUUAGACAUCGCAGUUGAUCAGAAAGUUAUCACGUUAGAAAAUAAAAUAUAUCUCCUAGAAGAUUAG